UAUCUGACUGCAGGGAAACGUAUGAAGCUUUCCAUCAACAAAGUGUUUUUCGGGCUCUCGAUUCUUGAUACAAAAAAACAAAAAAAGGAGACAAAAUUCUAGUGACAUAUCGGUCGCAAUGAUAUUUCACAUAUUUCAACAAACAUAUUUAUCCUGUUUUCACUAUUCGCCCUUUUUAUUUUAUCGUCUUAAUUUUGUUUGCUGUUGUGUUUUCAUUCUGCCGUGUGUAUACAUUCUUGGAAUAGACAAACAAAGUUGCCAGACUAAUUUAUUAAAAACGCCGGAGUGUGUGUUCACAUCGUUAACACUGUUCUAAAUUUGCGCACUUAAAAUAAUUUUUAUCAAAAUUUGGGGCAUAAAAUAUUAAAAAAUUAUAAUGACGACUUUUGAAAAUAAGAGGAAAACAAUUUAAAUCCAUAAAAACAAUAAGAGUUAAGCACAUAAAGCAAUUAAAUACCGCAUGUGAGUGCAAAAGCAUGUAAAGCGAAAUGAAAGAUUACAUGAAAUCAACUGGCAACGUUGGAUUUAUAUUGGUGGUUGUUUGUACGUUACAUUUCCAAUGCUACUUCUUUUCUCUACACCGUUCUUUGUUUUGUUGAAUUUACUACAUACUCUUGUAUAUUAUAUGAUAAAAUGUUCAUUCUGGAAAGUUAAAGCGACGCAAGGAAAAAAGUAACGAUAUGUAGUCGCCAUUAAGUGAAAAUUAUAAGAAAUCAGAUGUGUUAAGGAUUUUAUAAAUAGAUGAUUGCUUUCAAUUGAAAAAUAUUGGAACAAUAAGUGAAUGAUUUAAAUACAAAAACAAUUUGUGCGGAAAAAGUUAUAAUGCAUUUGUAAAAAAAAAAUCAAAAUAUGCUAUAGAAUGGAAAGUAAAAAAGGAAUUAACCGGACGACGUAAUGUUAUUACAACUUUAAAAAAAAAAAAAAAAAAAAAAUUAAUGAUUAAUACGAAAAAGGGGAAAAACGAGAAUAAUUCCUGCAUACGAGAGAAGCAAAAAGAAUGAGUAACUUUUAAAAACAUGUCAUCGCAAACAAGUGGCGGCAAUAAUAAUAAUGCUAGUGGUGUGGUAAGUGGAGGAGGGGUUAAUAAUGCCCCACCCGGACAAAGUGGUUCCGGCAGCGCUAACAGUGUUAAGUCUAAUUCGAAAAUGUCUAUUGAUCAUCAGGCCACACUUGAUAAAGGGUUAAAAAUGAAAAUAAAGCGAACUAAGACCGGAACGAAAACAUCGGAAGCAAAACAUGAAAUUGUAAAGGCUACAGAACAGCAAAACGGUAUACUCGCAGCAAAUAGCGGAUGUAACGCGAACCUUGAUGAAAAUACUGGCGGUAAUUCUUCGAAUACAUCCAACUGCGGCCCGAACUCAUCGUCUAAUAAUAGCGGCACCAAUUUACAGGCCGGAAUUAGUUCAAAUUCGAAUGGCAAUAAAAAACAUGUUGGAAGUAAUAACAGUAACCAAAGUAAUAACCACAAUUCAAGCAAUAACACUAGUAUGAUGUCUUCGACUGGCGGCGCUAAUAUAUCAAAUAGUUCACAAGGCACGCCGCAGGGUACGAAGAGGGGCAGCUCAGGUCAUCGCAGAGAUAAAACUAAAGAGAAAAAUGCACAUUCCAAUCGUGUAAAUGUUGACAAGUCUACCUCACAAACGAAUGAAAAGGAAACGGGAGAAAAAUUGACAUGUCAAUGUAAUGGAGAUAUUAUUGGAGCCAAUACCACAGUUCCAUGUUCGAAUAACUUAUGCAUUCGCCGUAACGAGAGCAAUAAACUUCCCGAGCGAAUGACAAACUCUAACUCUAAUACAAUUUCCAAUGCAUCAGUUCCAUCUGGGGUUUUUACACCCACAGUGGAUAAUUUAAACGCUUCAGGGACAUCUGCAUCGGCUGCUAACAUAUUAACUGCCACAACCACUGUCAAUUCGGCAACGAUAGCCCAGGUGUCAUCGAAUAGUGGUGGCGGCACUAACGCGCCAGGACCGCCGAACAAAGAUAAUUCCUCGACUGCUAAUGGAAACAUGAAAGUUUCUCCACAUAUUGCUGCACAAUUAGCUGCUGCUGCAGUUUCAAAUACAUUUAGCUCUAAUACAUCCAAUAGUGGCGGAACAAAUAUCUCAAACACAAAUUCUAUUUCUUCAGAUUUAAAAACCUCAUCGUCAUCACUAGCUUCGGGGACCGGUAAUUCAAUGCAGGUGGCUAAGCAUAUGGCACCUGGCAUCAUAUCUGCCACUAUGCAUCAUACUAUUUCAGUGCCCGUUACGUCUCACUCAUCCACUAUACAACAUGGAACGACUCCUAGUGGCAGUCCACCAAAAUUAAAUUGCGGAAAUUCUGCAACAAAUCUGAAUGCCGAUGAGACCUCUCGCUCUCCACCAGCUAAACGAACAAAGCAUUCGUCAGCUGGCGAUAUGAAUGCAGUUAAAGAGAUGGUUGACAUUUGCGUUGGCACUUCUGUCGGCACCAUUACAGAGCCGGACUGCUUAGGUCCUUGUGAACCUGGCACUUCAGUUACAUUAGAGGGCAUUGUUUGGCAUGAAACUGAAGGUGGAGUUUUGGUGGUCAAUGUGACCUGGCGCGGUAAAACAUAUGUUGGUACGUUAUUGGAUUGUACCCGUCAUGAUUGGGCUCCUCCAAGAUUCUGUGAUUCACCAACCGAGGAAUUAGAUUCUCGUACGCCGAAGGGUCGAGGAAAACGUGGUCGUAGUGCAGCAAUUACGCCCGAUUUAAGCAAUUUCACUGAAACCCGCAGUUCUAUUUAUUUUUCUCAUGCACAGGUCCAUUCCAAACUUCGGAAUGGGUCUACAAAGGGAGGUCGUGCAGCCGCACGUACCUCAACUACUACGUCUUCAGGUAGCAAUUCUAUUGUAAAUACAUCAAAUAAUACCGGUUCAAUGCCGCCUGGCAACGGCAACGGGGGUACAACUCCCAGUACAUCACCUACCGCAUUUCUUCCACCUCGCCCUGAAAAGCGUAAAUCAAAGGACGAGCCACCUUCGCCAGUUAAUGGAGAAAAUGAGACUUUAUCAUUGAACAUGGUCAAUGCAAGCGGUAUUCCUAUUUCGGCAAGUGGAGGAGGCUUGGCCACUCAACCACAAAGCUUACUCAAUCCCGUAACGGGUCUAAAUGUACAAAUUAAUACAAAAAAAUACAAGACUGCGUCACCUUGCGCUAUUUCUCCAGUGCUUCUAGAAUGUCCGGAACAGGACUGUAGUAAAAAAUAUAAGCAUGCAAACGGAUUGCGUUAUCAUCAAUCACAUGCUCAUGGCGGCGUUGCUUCAAUGGAUGAAGAUUCGCUUCAGUUACCCGAAAUUGAAGAGCCUCCAUCGACACCAUCGCCGGGUCCUAUUGCGGCACCGCCGCCAGCAAUCACACCGAAUUCAACCGACAUUCCAGGAACUGUCGCAUCAUCUAACAACAACCCUAACGUGACUGCGCCACAUUCUUCUACUCAAGAAUCUAGCACUGUUACAACAUUCGGUAAUUCGACAGCCCAUUCAUCGUCCGAAUCAACUGUAUGCACAUCUCGAAGUAUUUCAAAUAUGCCGCAGACCACGCCAAGUGCCAGUCUCCUAGUUACUGCUAGCGCACAAGGUCAUGAGCAGAUCUCUGGCGUACCUUCCGCUGGGGGCAGUAUCACCGCGGGAACAUCCAAUCAAGCUCUGACACAGCAAAAGCAACAGCUAGUUGAACUGGCGACUGUUACUAGCGUAAGUGCGUCUAACGUAACGUCUCUAGAACAAAAUCAACAAACUAUGCUACAGCAUGGACCUCCAGCAAAAUCCGGUGUCCUUCGCUUUGGACAGCAAAAUGAAUCAAAAUCGAACAAUGCUAACCUACUGACUGGAAGCUUGCAGUCGAUGCCUGUUACUUCGCAACAAACGUCUACAUCUUCAGCUCCAAAUCCGCCAUCUUUGCCAGAGCAAGCCCCGAUACGUCCUAUAUCAACAUCUGUUAGCAAUGAUUUCAAUAGCCAACUGGCGAGCAAUACUUCGCAAGCGCCAAUGUCGCAGCAAAAUAUUCCAAUGGCUGGUAAACCCAUAACGUCCUUUGGUUUGGUUGGGAAGCAAAAGAAAAAUCGCAAGUCACCUUGCCCAGGUGAAUAUGACGAAGGAGGAGUUAGCGGGAAUAAUAUUACAUCGCGUGAUGACGUUCAAAGUCCUGCCUACAGCGAUAUUUCUGACGACUCUACGCCGAUACAAGACGCAGACGCACUUGAGAAAAAUCAAUCAGCGAAACACAUUGACUUGCUGAAGAAGCCGCCGGAAAUUGAAAUGCCCGGAUCCGGAGGGAAUAUUUCAGCGGGACAGCAUUCUUUACCGCCAUCUUUAGGCGGCUACAAUAUGUAUCAAUUCUUUCAACAGCAACAAUUCAUAGUUCAACCGUCUGCAGAACAACAGCAACUAAGCAAACCAACUUUACCUACAGGAAUAGUUCAGCCUUCAAAUCAAAUAUCAACGCAACAAAGUUCCCAACACUCUCAGUCACAAUUAUCUAAUGCACAUAAUUUACAACAGCAGCAAACUGCGAAUCACAUGGACUACAGUAAUAAAACUAAAGAUCCGCCAUUAGAUUUGAUAACGAAGAACACAGCAAAUCAACAGCAGCCUCAUCAACUCCAGGAUUCGAAUAAAUCUCAAGAUCUGACCAUGCCACCGCAAACCACUACAAAUAACUUGAGUAAUGCUGGUCCCGUACCAACUUGUGGAAACUUAUCGGCUAAUUUAAACAGUCUGACGUCACUUGGGCCAAGCGCCGUACCGCAACCUACUCCUUCGAAAUCAAUAUCACAUUUUUAUCCUUUCAAUUAUAUUCCAUCGGGCUAUCCAUACAGUGUCGACUCUAAUUAUGGUCCGGUUUCUAUAGUCUCCUCGGAGGAUUCGUCUAAAUUAGGUGGACAUGCAGGUGCUCAGAGCCCUGUCGAGCAAGGAUCGCAACAACAAAUACCUGCCGCUAUGAUAAAAGAGGAGCGAACGAAAGAAUCACACAGUCCUCAGGAAACUCUUAAACCUCCACCACACAUUAAUCCAAAUAAAAUGAUCAAAUCUGAGCCUAUAACUAAGCAGGAGCCAAACAAAAUGGACUCGUCUCCAAAUGUGAAUGUAGUAACUUCCCAGCAAGUUCCUCAGCAACCGCUUGCUCUUCAUCCAAAGGAUAUGCAAACCUAUACAAGUAUCUACCAACGUCAUCCCAUUAGUUUAGCUCCUCAACAAUUGUCGCGAGAAGAAGAGCUGCGCAGAUAUUAUGUGUUCUCGGACCAACAACGUCGCCAAAACAAUGCCAUGCAAUCGCUAAAUGUCAACAACCAACAGCUGGCAAACGUUCAAAGUGUCCAUCACAAAGAAGAACCCAAUGCUCCUCAACAGCAGAUUUCCAUGCCUCAUCCACAACAGCAACUGAAGCUUAAGCAAAAUAAUUCUAAUGUAGGCAACGCAUCGGUGAAUAAAGUUACGAAUCUUAGCAAAGAUUCACCAAAACAAAAGCCAGAUGAAGAAAUCAAAAUCAAUAAACAGGAGGGCCAAAAACCCACAAUGGAAACACAAGGACCCCCACCGCCACCGACUUCGCAAUAUUUCUUGCAUCCUUCUUACAUCGCUCCCACACCGUUCGGUUUCGAUCCCAAUCAUCCCAUGUAUCGAAACGUUUUAAUGUCGGCAGCUCCAUACAAUACCCAGCCGUACCAUUUACCAAUACCACGUUACCACGCACCGGAAGAUUUAUCGCGUAAUACAACAACAAAGGCGCUUGAUGCUCUACACCACGCAGCCAGUUUUUAUACGACUCACAAAAUUCAUGAGCUCAGCGAAAGAGCUUUGAAAUCUCCCAAUAGCGGGGGGAAUAAUAGUAAUAAUAACAAUCCUGGAGCUAUAAAAGUUAGUGUUUCUAGUCCAAAUAUCGGGCCUCCGCAACAAAAUAAUUCUGGUUCCAAUAUAGUUCCGCACCAUUCCAAUACAAAUCAAUCAAACAAUUCAGGACUUUUAAAUAUGCCAACACAUAAUGCCCAUGGAGGGCCACCAAAUAAACAACAAGAUGUUCUUGGACACAAACAACACGGUCCUAGUGGACCAAUUGGUCCUGGUGCACAGCUAAAUGAAACGCAAAAACAGCAAUCAGCAAAUUCCUCAAAUGUGCCAGGAAAUGGUCCUGGAAGUGGGAAUAAUCCAGCUGGCGCUAAUGCAUCCGAUUCACGUAGUCCUCCGCCACAAAGACAUGUACACACACAUCAUCACACACAUGUUGGGUUAGGUUAUCCAAUGUAUCCUGCCCCCUAUGGAGCUGCCGUUCUAGCCAGCCAACAAGCGGCUGCUGUCGCUGUGAUAAAUCCUUUUCCACCUGCACCGACUAAAUAGAAAAAGUCGUAAAUAGUGAAUAGUAUUCGCUAAAGGAAUUGCAACUUGUUUACUACUUGAAGAAUCUUGCAUCGUUUAACUACACAAUCAACAUAAUUAGAUGACAUUUUUAUAUAAGGACGGUAUUAGAAAAAGAAAAUGAAAUGAAUUACAAACUAUAAUAAUAAUAAUAAUAAUAAUAACGCAUAUGCAUACAUACGUCGUCGACUUUACAUAUAUACAUAAAGGCUUAUAUUGCGAAUAGUCAGUAGAACUUUUUUUUUUUUUUUUAAUAAUUUUAGGUGAUUACCGAUUUUAAGUUCAUAGGUUUGUUGUCUAUUGUUAGCGAUUAAAUUCUUAAUAAAUUAAACUUUAAUAUAUAUAAAGAGAAAAAAAAAAAAAAACAAAUAAAUAAAAUAAAUAAAUAGAUAAAAAGAGAAACAAGGAAUACUGCAUGGAAAAUGUAAUUGGUAGGAAAAUUAUUCAGUCGUUUUUUUUUUUUUUUUAUGUGCUUAAAGGUAUUUUCGUCGAGAGAUGAUGUUUCUUUAAGAUUCAGCUGUCCUCCUAAUGAAAUAUAUAUUGUAUAAUUAUUAAUAUAUACUGUAGGUCAUUAUAAUUUAUUUAUACACACAUAUAC